AUGGCGGCGAAAGCUGAGCCGAUCGGUCCGCGAAAUGGCCAUGAGUUGGCGCCGUUGAAUACCAGAGCCGAUGGCAGUGAGCGUCCUCACGGAGUGACGAUAGUCCUGCAAGGGUCGAGAGGUUCUCUUCAGCGCGAAGUGCCCGGAGAAGACCGCGCGGCCUGGUCGGGGAAACUGCAAUUCUUCCUCUCCAUCAUCGGCUACUCCGUCGGACUGGGCAACAUUUGGCGGUUCCCGUAUCUGUGUCAACAAAAUGGCGGAGGUGCAUUCCUGAUCCCCUUCCUCAUAAUGCUGGUGCUGGAGGGCAUUCCGCUCUUCCUGAUAGAGAUGGCUAUCGGCCAGAAGAUGCGGCUGGGCUCGCUUGGAGUGUGGAACACCAUACACCCCUGGCUCGGCGGCAUCGGCAUUUCCAGCUGCAUCGUAACACUCUUCGUGGCUUUGUACUACAACGUCAUCAUCACAUGGGUCUUCUUUUACUUGUUCAACAGCAUCCGGUUAUCAGCGGAUCAGCUGCCAUGGGCGCACUGCCCGCAAGACAACAGCUCCGCUGAAAUGGAAUGCAGCAAGGCAUCGGCAACUGUGUACUACUGGUACAGGGAGGCUCUGGACGCGUCGCCCAGCAUUGAAGACCCCGGCGUCCCCCGCUGGUGGAUAGUCCUCUAUCUCAUGCUCGCCUGGAUCAUCGUCUUCUUCAUCGUCAUGAAGGGUAUACAGAGCAGUGGAAAAGUGGUUUACUUCACAUCCCUGUUUCCAUACGCCGUGCUGACGAUAUUCUUCGUCCGUGGCAUCACGUUGCCCGGUUCUUCUGACGGGAUCUGGCAUAUGUAUAAGCCGAAGCUCGAGAAACUGCUGGACCCGACGGUGUGGCUGGACGCGGCCACGCAGGUGUUCUACUCGUUCGGGCUCGCGUUCGGCUCCCUGAUAGCCUUCGGCUCCUACAACCCCCCCAACAACAACUGCGUGAGGGACGUACUGCUGGUGUCCGUCUGCAACGCGCUGACGGCCAUCUACGCCUCGGUGGUCAUCUUCAGCAUCCUCGGCUUCAAGGCGUACACCAUGGUCGAGAAAUGCAUGACGAAGGAGAUAAAGGUAUUGGCGAUGCAUCAAAUUGGUGGGUUCACUUUGAACUCUACCUUCGACUACUACAAAGAGGAAUAUCCCAAUCUGAACAGCACCGUGAUAUCGUCUUUAAAUCUCACUGGGUGCACCAUGAGUAGGCAGCUGGAGGAGGCAGCAGAAGGUACCGGACUCGCCUUCAUUGUAUUCACCCAGGCGAUUCUCAAGCUGACCCCAGCGCCGUUCUGGUCAAUUAUAUUCUUCUUGAUGCUGCUCUCGCUGGGUCUGGGCAGCCAGAUAGGCAUAAUGGAGGGCAUGCUGUGCACCAUCUUCGAUAUAGAUUUCUUCAAGAGGAUGAGCAAGCCGGUCAUAACUGGCGCUGUGUGCACGUUCUGCUUCCUGGUCGGGCUGAUCUUCACCACCGGUGCUGGUGAGUACUGGCUGAAGAUGUUCGAUUCUUUCGCCGGCACCAUCGGCCUAGUCGUCGUCGCACUUCUAGAGAUGAUCGCCGUCGUCUACAUCUACGGACACGAAAGGUUCUCCAACGACAUCUACGAGAUGACCGGGUACCGUCCGGGCUGGUACUGGCAGAUCACCUGGCGCUACGUGGGGCCCUUCAUCGUCACCUGCAUCCUGCUGUCGUCGCUGGUCUUCAUGCUCAUCAACCCGCCCACGUACGGCGCUUGGAAUGCGGCCGAGGGCCGCGUGGAGAAGACCCCCUACCCCAGCUGGGUGCUGGGCAUCGCGGCGGGCAUGAUCCUGGCCGGCGUGCUCCCCAUACCCCUGGUGCUGGUGCUCCGCCGCUUCCAGUGCCUCGCCCUGGACGUGGACAUACACCAGGGCUCCAUCCGCCGCAUCGAAACCACCGUCUCCACCAAGGAGAUGAUGAGCGACCAAGACGUGCUAUCGCCCGAGAACGCGCCGCCCGCGCCCGCCCAGCUUGUCGCCGAGGCGGCCGGUACUAAGUUCACGAUCGGCGACUUCGACGGGGUGGACAGCUGUGACGAGAGGCUGAGCAAGCGCUUACCAACGAGCAUCGCGCGAAGCCGACCCAAGAAA